CUCUCUAUACAUAUAUGGGGUUUUGUUCAACAAAAACAUUACCCGCCUGAACACCAUUUUCGCAUUUUGCACUCACUCGAACCUUCAAAUUUGAGAUAAAUUCACCUCAAAUUCACCUCCAAAUUCAAAUUCAAUCAUUUCCGAUUCAUAAAACAGUUACAAAUUUCAUUCCUGUAGCUCGUAGAGCGAGAAUUUAGGGUUUUUGUUCAUCGGAGAAGAUGACAGCAACGGAUUUUGUUCAUUCUCCAUGGAUUCCUGAAGACGAUCAGUUGCUCAGGACUUCUAUUGAGAAUGGAGCUUCUCUCCAAUCACUUGCUAAAGGGGCAGUAAAGUUUUCUCGUAACUUUACGCUUCGCGAACUUCGAGAUCGCUGGCGUUCUCUUCUCUUUGAUCCGAAUGUUUCUAAUCAAGCUGCUGCCCACAUGGUUGAAUUUGAAUUAGACAAUUUAAGAGGGGAAAAGGUCCCUGAAAAGAGAAAACAUGGAAGCGUACGCAGACAUUAUAACGCCAUGCGAAAAAGAAUAAAAAACGAUUUUCUUAGCUCUCAAAAUCUUCGGUUUUUUGACAACCACCAAGAACAUAAAUUUGAAGGCCAUGGUACAACCAAUGACGGUGACACUAUGCUAGACGAUUGUCUUGUAAAUAGUUUAGGGUUCGAGGAAAAAGAUUUCGAGAUUUUACGACAGGCGUUUCCGGAAUCAUUAGGGAGUAUACCUACUAAUGCUACUACCGUCACAACUACGGUUGUCGAUAAUCCCGCUAAUGUUUUUCAUUUGGAACGAUGCAAUAAGUCGGCUGAAAAUGUAGAUGUAUCCUCUUCACAAAAUGAAUCGAUGAUGAAAAAUGCUACGUGUAUCGAUAAACCGGCCCCAUCAGAAACUCCUCCCAGUGAAAAACUUACGAAAAAUGAUAUAUUUGGAGGGAAACAUCAUUUUAACUCCCCGAUUUCAGACGGUAGCGCGUCGUUUCACACAAUCGGGGGGUUUCCGUCACCGUCAACUAGGGUGCCACUGUGGAAGACGAUGGAAGAUAUCCGUGCACCCGAUAUGCCAGUUGAUGAGAACAAUGCGGAAAGUCAUCGGGUUGUAGAAGAAGCGUUAACGCUCCAUGAUGAUACGAGUUUGCCGGAGCUUGAUGGGGCCCACCUAGGGUCCAUAUUGGGAGACAGACCUCACGGUUUAAUCAAUUGUAUUGAGUAUACCGAUUCGCUUCUCAACUUGUCAAACGAGGAUGAUAUUCUAUUAAUGGACGAAGAUGCAAAAGACGCAAGCCCGAACGUAGAGAUUCCUGGUAAUCAAUGUUCCGAAGAAUCGAAAGAUUCAUUAUUUUACGAUGAGCGUGACGUUUGUCAUCAGGAGGUUAACGAAGGGGAAAUUAUUUGCACGUUAAACACGGAAGACUCGGAUAUACCAUGCAAUGAUGAUAUUUUCUUGCUGAUUCACCCCUCUACUCAAUUUGCUCCUUCGGUCAAACCGCAAGUCGCGACAGAUCGUAUCGGUCCAUUAUCGUCGUCAUCACUCGAGAAGGAUGGUGAACAGGGGCUAAUUACAAAAGGGAAAGAUCCACUGAGUUUAACGCAGUCACUUACGGGUGGACUGAAUGCAUUGCCGGACUUUGUUUCUCUCCACUCACUUGCUGGCUCUGCGUUCAAAUACAAGCUACCGGAUGGUGAAUAUCAGGGCCCACUUCCUGGAAAGGCUAACGAUGUUGGAAAUCGUAGUCAAACUAUGCCUGUUCAUACACCGCUAGAGGUUAAUGGGAAUGGAAAGCUGGAGGAAGAUGCUAGUAAAGUGGAACCUCAGGGUUUAACCAGCUCAGCGAUGCCUAGAGAGACGCCAUUGCCUUUAGAAGUUGACUCCGUCAAAACGACUGAUCUAGCACCAAUGGAUGAUUCUUACAUUAGUGAUAACAAUAACAACUCUGAUAGUGACAGUGACAUACCUUACUUUUCUGACGUCGAAGCUACGAUACUUGAUAUGGACUUGCUCCAGAGUGAUAAGUCAUAUUUCAAUAGCGAAGUUGCAAAGUAUCGAACUGAUGAUGCUAUAAGGAUGGCAAUGAGGCUCGAACAGUCAGCUCGUUCUUCGUUUCAGAGAAUCAUGUCAUCCCAUAAAGCCCUUGCCGCCUUAUCUAGCCGUCAUUUGACGCACUAUAUCAAGAAAGCUGAGGUCACAAUCGGAAGAUCUACCGAUGACACUGAGGUUGAUAUUGAUCUCAGAAAAGAAGGCCGUGCCAACAAGAUAUCUAGGCGGCAGGCUAUCAUAAAGAUGGAAACAGAUGGAUCAUUCAGUCUCAAAAACCUUGGGGGCUCUUCAAUCGCAAUAAAUGGCGAAAAAGUUGCUCAUGGAGAAGUGGUUGCACUUGCUUCAAGUUCUUUUAUUGAUAUAAAGGGAAUGUGUUUUGUUUUUGACAUCAAUGACAAGUAUGUGAGACGUUUCUUGGGUAACAAGCCAAGCUAGAGUAGUCCGGUAAAACAACGUUUGAACAGUUGUUGCAUGACUUCCAAACCAUGAGAGGAAGAGUAUCUAUUUUAAGUGUGCCCUUCUCAUAUUCCUUAGGAUGUAUGUGUAUGUUGCCCCAUAAAUAUGCAAUUGUGUAGAUAUGUAAUAUACAAACAUGGUUGCUCAUUCUAUUUAAUCUUGGGGACAUAUAUGAUGAAUAUAAAUGUGAUAUGGUGAUUAAUCAUAUUUGUUAUGAAAAUAACAAAAGUAUGCUUACCCAUGUCUUUUUUAUUUUUAUUUUCAUAUAA